AUCAGCAGAUGUGUGUUGGGAGGAGAAAAGAGGACUUACAGUAACUGACAAUGCUAGAAUUGCACUUGGUAUUUGGCUGCGCAUUUCAGAGGUUCUGUCAUGCCGCGAUCGUUUCUUGUGAGAACUAAAAAGACUCACCCCGCCGGUCCAUCCAAGGGCUCCGUUAGACAGAAGGAUGAAUCUGAUCAAGGUGGAAAGGACACUGGGGAUAACGUGCCGGCCGUUUUGGCAAAGGAGAUUUUAUCUGAGGUUCGUUCUCCGUGUGAGACAGCAUCUCGGCUGAGUCAAUGCUGUCUUGCAUGGAAUCCCUCUGCAUCUGCAACCUCCACAGCGACAGAACUGGACUCUGCUUGGUCAGCGGAAAGACACCAAACAUCUGACAGAGAGCGACAACUGGAGAGGCUGGUCUUCAUGUUGCUCCACCGCACAUCACAUGCAGACCUCAGCUGGUCAUUCAGCCAGUGUCCUCUGUGUGAAAAGUCCCAAGUAGAUCUGCAGGCUCAUGGCAGUAGCAGCUUUCAUGUCCCUUUGAUGAGUUCCCCAUCCACUGAAAUGUCCUCAAUGACUUUCACAGCAAUUGAGAGCUACGGAAGAGCAAAGGCACGGAGCUUUGGCUGCAAGGUGUGUGGAAAAAUGUUCAAGCGCUCAUCCACACUGUCCACACAUCUGCUCAUCCACUCGGACACCAGGCCUUACCCGUGCCAGUACUGUGGCAAAAGGUUCCACCAGAAGUCAGACAUGAAGAAACACACGUUCAUACAUACAGGUGAGAAACCACACGUGUGCAAGGUGUGCGGUCGAGGAUUCAGUCAAAGCUCCAACCUCAUCACUCACACUCGGAAACACGACGGCCACCGAGCGUUCAGCUGCCCCCGCUGUCACCGCAGCUUCCAAAGCAGGGUCGACCUGCAGCGCCACCAAGAAACCCUGUGUGGCAAUGGUAGUAGAUACGCUCACAACUGAUGAUGUCAAAUACGUGACAAUGAGUGAGAU